UUCAUCUGUUUUUCAUUAAUAACAUGUUCGCGUUCAUCCAAGCCAACAAUUUGCUUAUGUUUGUUUGUUUGUUUUUUUUCAACAUUUGCUUAUGUUCUACGUUUCAGGUAACGUGUUUGUUUGUGUUAAAAUUUCGACGAUAAUUUGAUUCCAAUUCAUAUUUCUUGUUCGAAAUUGGAUUGGUUUCCACAAUUCAUCUUGUCGAUCAAAAUCACCAACUUUUACCAAUUCUGUGGUCCAACUUUGAUGAUGAUUCUUUAAACAUUUUUUUCUCCUUGUUUUGGCGGGUGACCUUUAAUUUUUCGAGAAAAAAAAUCAACAAGGUUAACAAUAAGGUAAUCAUCAUCAUUUGUCAAUAAGAAAAUUUGAAAAAAAUCAUGUCAUCACAUCAACAACAUGACGAUCAUGGUCAACAUAAUCACCUUGGAAUGAUGAUGACAAUAAUGACCACUACUGUAUCGCCUACGAUCAACAGUGAUAAUAAUUUAGUAAAUCAUAAUCAUCAUCAUAAUCAUGGUAGUUCACAACAACAAGAUGAAUCAAUGAUGAUGAUGACAACCGGUUCAAUGGAUCAUAUGGGAAAAAUGUAUUUUCAUCUGGGUUAUGAACCAAUCGUUUUAUUUCAACAAUGGUCAGCUGAAUCAAAUUUAUCCAUGUUUAUGACAUGUUUAUUCUUUUUUAUGAUGGCAAUUCUUUAUGAAAUUCUUAAAGCAUAUCGUCGUAUAUUUUCUGUACGUUUAGUACGUUUUAAAUCUACACCAACCAAUACAUCGAUCAAUGUUACAAGUGUACAGAUUAUGCAUAAUGAUGGUAAUGAUAAUGAUGGUGGUAGUAGUGGUCGACAUGGUGGUACUAAUCGUUCAGAUUCAGUUGAAUUAAAAUGCGAUAUUAUUGAUAAUAAUGUUAAUCCACUUGAUCAACAAAUUGAUAAAAAUUUUGAUUCAUCAUCACAAAUGGCUAAAUUUAAUCAUCCAUCAUAUGGUAUGCGAUCGACAACAUUACAAUCACCAUUGGAUAAUGAAUCUGGUGGUGGUUCAUCAAGCCAUGAUAGUAAUAAUAGUAAUACAAUCUGUCAUCAUGCAUCAAGUGUUAAUCCAAUUUUAACAUUUAAUAAUCCAAACACUACUAUACCAUUAUUUGCAACAAUUAAAGAAAUGUUUUCCCCUAUGAAUAUUUAUUCAACAUUUCUUUAUUCAUUACAAGUAUUGUUUGCUUAUUAUCUUAUGUUGGCAUUCAUGUUAUUCAACAUUUGGAUUUGUUUGGCCAUUUUGGCUGGUGCUGCAAUUGGACAUUUUAUUCUUGCCGAACGUAAUCAAGCAUUAACCGAUCAUAUUGUUGAAGAUUAUUGUCAUUGAUGAUUGUCACAAAAUAAUUUAACGAUG